AUGUCACAAACAUCAACGUGUAUCGAACUUGUAGAGUACCCACCGACCCAAGAAACGGUCACCCCACCGUCUAGCAUCCAUCCCAAAGGCAACAACACCGCGUCGUUACCUGACGGUCUUCAAACCACAAAUGCAUCAGUCAAAUCCUUCUCGGCUGAGCAGCGUGAAAGCCCAGGAAAAGGGACUACCGCUAUAGUGCUCGUCACGGUGGUGUCUGUCAGCAUGAUUAGCACCAUGUUGUCUGGAGUUACAGCGGUGGCUCUUCCAACUAUAGCUAGAGAAUUACAACUGGCACCGAAUGUGCUUCUCUGGCCAAUCUCUAUCUACGCUCUCACGUGUGGUUGUACUCUUCUCCUCCUAGGUUCUGUUACCGAUGUGGUUGGGUCUCGACCUAUGUAUCUGACGGGAUGUAUAUUCCAGUCUAUAGCCACUCUAGCCUGCGGACUCGCUCAAACAGGCACACAGCUCAUUGUUUUCCGUGCCUUCGCUGGAGUUGCCAUCUCCUUCUGCCUCCCGUCGACAGUUAGCAUCAUUACGAACACGUUCCCCGAAGGCAAGAGUAGGAAUAUUGCGUUCUCCUCAUUGGGUGGGGGUCAACCGCUUGGCUUUUCUCUUGGACUUGUUCUAGGUGGUAUAUUCUCUGAUACCAUAGGAUGGAGGUGGGGGUUUCGCCUCUCUGCCAUCGUAAACACAGUAGUGUUUGUUAUUGCACUCUUUGGGCUGCCAGAGGUCGAUGGCAAGCAGAAAAACGUACUCGCCCGGCUUAGAGAUGAGAUUGACUGGAUUGGCAUCGCCAUGGGAAGCGCUUCCUUAGCCCUUUUAUCAUACUGCUUUGCUCUGAUCUCCGAAAACACGGGAAAGAUCCGCGAGACACAGACCCUCGGGCUACUGAUGACUGCAAUCGUCCUUAUUCCGUCUUUCAUCUUCUGGGUCGGACGACAGGAGAAGCUUGGCCGGCCAGCUGUCAUUCCCAACUCGCUCUGGGGCAAUCGAAUCUUUUCGGUCAUCUGCAUCGGUGUCUUCAUUACUUGGGGUGUCUUCAAUGGCGUCGAAUCCUAUGCGACGCUCUUUUUCCAGGAAGUGCAAGAGAUCUCUGCGAUUCAGACCUCGCUCCGCUUCUUACCUAUCCCCGUUGCAGGCGCCAUAGCCAACCUGGUGGUGGCUCUGAUUGUCCACAAGGUACGAGCGGACUAUAUGGUUAUGACUGGCAUCGCGUUGACCAGCAUUGGUGCGUUGCUUAUGUGUAUCAUCCAGCCGGAGUGGUCAUACUGGACUUGCGCCUUCCUUGCCCUCUUUCUAAGUCCGCUUAGCGCAGAUGCUCUAUUCACAGUAUCGAACCUCGUCAUUACUUCUGUGUUUCCUGCGCGCACACAAGGACUUGCUGGCGGUGUCUUCAAUACCAUCGCUCAGAUCGGCAAGAGCGUUGGUCUUGCGACAAGCGCAGUGAUUGCUACGAGUGUCACUGAGCACUCGAGAUACGUGAAGAAAGAGAGUCCGGCAGCACUCAUGGAGGGCUUCAGGGCUGCGUUUUGGUAUCUGUUCGCACUCAGUUGUGCAACAGGUUUGCUGUUCACCUGGGGGUUAAGAGGCAUUGGAAAGGUUGGCCAGAAGAGGGAGUAA